AUGGUUUCUCUUCGAAACAAGGGCAGCCCCUUCGUUCAGAGUAACGGGGGAGGGGCCUAUGUUUUUGACACAGAGACCGGCCCUGAGAGACAGACACAACCUUUUUGGCUGGUUUCUACCAGGAGGGGGUACCGGGGGCUGUCACGCUCCCAGGGUUCCCCUCUGCCCCAGAGAGACUCGGGGUACCGGCAAGCCGUAGACCUUAGGACGCUCCCCGCUCCUUCCCUUACCUGCAAUCGGAGGAGGAGCCGCCACCCGCGCCCCGGCCGGCUCCGCCCCGCCAGCUCAGCGCCGGGACCGCAGGCCCCGAGGCCCAAUCUGCCGCCGGGCCACCCGCGUUUCCUGUUCUUCGGACUAGACAGUUUGAGGAGCCUGGGGUGCGGCUCACAGCACCCAACAGCACAGACGGCGAACUCUUCCCCGGCGCGCAAUGCCUCGACUCGGCCGCCGCGGUCACCACUUCAGCCUCCGCGGGCAGUGCGACGGGCUCCACCCGGCUCCGUAAGCGCAGGGCACCUAGCGAUGGAGCGGGGCGGGGCCUUGGGCCAUCCGGGUCCGCCUGAGACAUCCGUUUCCGGGGCUGCGGCCUUCGCACUACCCUGCAAGGCAGGCUCGUCCAGCUGUACCCGGGACCGCUCGCCAAACUCUGAGUCGCGGUCGCCCUCGCCUCGUUCCCGGACGCCAGCCCUCCGCUGCCCACCUUCUCGGCCAGUCAUGUUGGAACAUCUGAGCUCGCUGCCCACGCAAAUGGAUUACAAGGGCCAGAAGCUAGCUGAACAGAUGUUUCAGGGAAUUAUUCUUUUUUCAGCAAUAGUUGGAUUUAUCUACGGGUACGUGGCAGAACAGUUCGGAUGGACUGUCUAUAUAGUUAUGGCUGGAUUUGCUUUUUCAUGUUUGCUGACACUUCCUCCAUGGCCCAUUUAUCGCCGGCACCCCCUCAAGUGGUUACCUGUUCAAGACUCAAGUGCAGAAGACAAGAAACCAGGGGAAAGAAAAAUUAAGAGGCAUGCUAAAAAUAAUUGACCGGGAGUUUUAAUGAUUCAGCUUUACUAUUGCACCUGCUUUUGUAUUGUGUGAGAUGAGCUAAGUUUUCACACCCAAAAAACCACCUAUGGUAUAGCUGUGUAAAGAUUUUGUUCUCUUUAUAUUUCACUUCUCAGUUGAGCUUUGGCAUACAUAUAUUUUAGACCUCUUUCAUAAUCUUUGUUUGAAAUAGAAAACAGAAAAUACAAAUAUGCAAAGUUUCUUUCAGGUCUACAGAAGUAAUGAACAUAUGACUCAAAUGAUAGUAAAAUUUAAUUAUCAAAGUUUUAUAGUUCAUUUUGUUAAGCUGUUUUAAUAUUUUCAAUUAAAACUCAUAGUGCAAGUCUA